GAAGAACCAAAACGACAUAUAAAAAUAGAAGCAGUCGGUACAAGUACAACCGCUCUUUCUCUCGCGCUCCUGCAACUGUGUGUGUCACCAACUCACUAUCUUCACUUACACUUUAUCUCUUCCUCAAUUUCAAAAUUAUUAGUAUUACUUUAUCUCUCUGUCCCUCAGUUUCAAAAUUAUAGCGUUUUAGAUCACCAAGAACACCAACCAAUCAUAUCUUUUUUUUCUCUCGUGCGGCUAUUUCGAAGCUUCAUUUUGUUUGGAUCUGCAUUUUCUCGGGAAACAAGUUGAGUGAUGGCUGCGGAACUCUUGGAAAUUCAACCCCGUGAACUCAGGUUUACCUUUGAAUUGAAGAAGCAAAGCUCGUGUUCAGUUCAACUGAGUAACAGGUCUGAUCAGUAUGUUGCCUUCAAGGUGAAGACUACGUCUCCAAAAAAGUAUUGCGUUCGGCCUAACAUAGGCGUUAUUAAGCCAAAUGUAACUUCUGAAUUCACAGUUACCAUGCAAGCUCAGAAGGCAGCUCCACCUGAUUUUCAGUGCAAAGACAAGUUCCUGGUUCAAGGCGUAAUUGUGCCAUUUGGAACAACUGACGAGGACAUCACAUCUAGCAUGUUUUCUAAAGAAAAUGGGAAAUAUGUCGAAGAGAAGAAGUUGAAAGUGGCUCUCAUUAGCCCACCACAUUCACCGGUUCUUCUUCCUAACAAUGGAGAAUUGAAGAAAGAUCCAUGUUAUGACACUUCGUUGCACAGGGAUGUAGAGCAGAAUGGCAUUGAAAACAUUCCUCCACCUCAAAAUUCAACUGAAGAAGUUUCAAGCUUUCAACCUGCCAAGAAUAUUGAGGAGUUAAAGACGGUUAAGAAUGCCGAACCAAGACCAGCUGAAGCUAUAGGGAAUUUGGAAUCAGCUAAGGAUGCAGUGGAACCAAAAUUACUUGAGGAUUUUGAGGAGUUGAAAUCAAAGCUGCAUGUAAUGGAUUCAAAACUAAGGGAGGCUGAGCAGAUGAUCACAAAACUGACUGAUGAGAGGAGCACAGCCAUUAAAGAGAAGGACUUGCUCAAGCAUGAAGUAAAAUUGUUAAGGAGUAAAAAUGUGAAAAGAAUUCAGGUGGGUUUUCCUCUUCUGUAUGUCUGUACAGUUGCUCUCAUCUGCCUGGCACUUGGAUACCGUAUUCAUCCAUAGAAGCAAGAGUUUUGAAACUUAGAGGAUCUGAUUGCCACAACAGAGACAUAAUUUUUUUUUUUUUUUUUUUU